CACCAUUUGAAAGCAAAAUUCCAUGGCGAAAGGCGCAUAAAACUGCAUUUCCUUUCUUUUUCUUCCAGAUCAUGGUUUUCUUCUCUUCUUUUUUUCUCUUUUUUUUUCUCUCUUAUUUUGAUGAGUCAGAUUGACGGUCGGUAUCAUGGAUCUAUCAAGCGGAGUAAGAGCGAGCAAGACAAGAAAGAGCAAGAGCAAGAGUAUGGCUGGGUGAGUGGAUGGGUGAAGCGAGGCGUGCGAGCCUGUCCGCUGUUUUGUUUGAUGCCCGGUUCAUCUUCUUCUCUUCUUUGCUUACUACCUACCUACCUGCUUUGCUUCAUUUCCUGCGCUGCGUUGCGUUGCGUUGAGUCUUUGACUGCGUGGAUCGCUGUCGGGACUUGCUGGCUGUCUGGCUGGUUGUUUGCAUGGAUGAAAGAGAAGGAGUUGGACAAGUAAAAGGGAAGGAAUGGGGAAAGAUGGCAAGAGGAAGAAGAUAUCAUACCAUGUUGACAUGUUGAAUCUGUCUGUUGCUUGAAAGAUGAACAACCAACGAACUGAAAAAGCCCAACCCAACCCAACCCUCCGUUCUUCCCUGGGGCCAUACCUG